ACACAGGUUGUGUAACCACAUAGAAAUUGUCUAUAUGUAGGUAUAUAUGCAUUAUAUAUAUAUAUAUAUAUAUAUAUACACACACACACAUAUAUACACAUAUAUAUAUAUACACAUAUAUAUAUACACAUAUAUAUAUACACAUAUAUAUACACAUAUAUAUAUACACAUAUAUAUAUACACAUAUACACAUGCUGUUAGACAUAUACAUGCAUUGAAAGCGGCUCAUAUAUUGAUUGGUUAUUCAGUUUCUCGUUUCUACAUGGACGCUAUUACUCGUUUCGCUAACUCUAAUAUAACAAACGAAAUGUUUGAGGAUAAAUUUUCCACAAAGAUACCCGUCAUCGUGUACACAAAACGAGGUAGAACCGUAAAAUCAUUAUUGAUACACAAAUGGAAGAUGAUAACCUGAAAGCCCCGUCGCGCAUUAUCACAGCACGAUAAGUUUGAGGUUAUGUUUACUGACGCGUGAGCGGCUCAUUCGUGAGACAAAAAAUGAUAACGACAGCAUUUUGAGCGCGAUUUGAAUUUCACUCGAUCGCACGAAAGAAUGGAAUCGCUGCGCGUAUUUCACAAGUUCAAUUUGGACAUUCUGGACGAGGCUUGGAUCAAAUCAGUAUGGGACGCCGAGUUCACGACCUACAAAGAACCACCUGACAACUACCUGGAGUAUCUCGAAAGCGACGAGGCGCAAUCAGUGCUACGCACGUGCUGUCAGGACCUGAAAAAGUGGAUCACGGCGAACCGCGAGCAGCAAGAGUCCGAGUUCUCAUGGCAAACGCUGAUGAUGUUGGACAUCAACGUGCAGGGUUUACUAGCUGUGUUGGAUUACAUAAUGAAGACCGGUCAACGUGUCAGCGCCGACGAGGCGCCCAGGCAAGCUUGUUUAGAAGCCACGAGAUUGUAUCUCAUGCUUCUCACGGUACCUGGUAGCAAUGCCUUUCGUGUAUAUCACCCAAACUUAUAUGAACGAGUGAUGGAUACAUUGAGAAUAUCAGAGAAUAUAUUUUCCUCUGAAAAUAACGUCAAGGAGACAGACAUUAAUUGCAGCAACGAUGAUGACAAAUUGGAUCAUUGCAUGAUGUCAUACUUUGAGAAACUCAAGGUCUUAGACAAAAUCAAAGAUAUUAUCUCUGAUCUUAUCACAAUGCUCCAGUCAUUUGGGUUAAAGCACCACACAGAUUCCUUGAAAAUCACGAUACGCACACUGUUGGAUAUUACAAAGUUGGGAAUAUACACAAAGGUGCACAAUAUUAACACACAAUUGAGCAAUAUGGUAUCUUCAUUGUGUAAGGUAGCAUUUAUGGCUCUGGAGAAGUUAUGCAGUAAUAAUCAUGGACAUAUUACUCUAACCAUAAUGUUAAUAGCUCAGUGCAUGUUGCCUUAUUUGUUGUCUUACAACACCAAUAAUUAUUCAGCAAAGUCGAUGGCAGUGGUGCAGGAGUCAUUUAUAUACUUCCUCAAAGAUCUGCUGCAGGACAACACAAAUAAAGCCACACAGGCAGUUGUGACUCUGAUGCACCAGCUGAUGACUAACUGUCCAGAGAGAGUAGAGAUACGUCAGAAGCAAGCAGUCAAUGUGAUAAAACUGUUAAAUAUAUGCGACAAGAAUGUUACACUGCAGCUUCUCGAAGAUAUAAUACUGUUUUCAUUUAAUAGUAAGGUCUCCUGCAGACUGUUCGCACAAGAGAUCAUUGGAAAGCUGUUAACGGAACACACGUUAUCGUACGAUAAUUUGGGCAAGGACAUGAAGAUUAGAAUAAGGAAAAUCCUGGUGGCCGUCGUGCUGUCGCGCUGCAUGGAUCGUUCGCCUUUGGUGAAAGGAAGAGCAAUGGCCACAUUUGCGUUGUUCUCCGAUUGCAACCAUGACGACGUCGACAGGGACAUCCUCAAAGGCAUGUUCGAAGCUGCGGACGCGAACAAGCAGCUACUCACGUUGAAGGAGUUGAUAAAGGCCCUGGUCGAAAACACGGAUCCACUGCCGGGAUCAGACACGUUGAUCGCCAUGUUACUGGACAGAUUGAACGACGAGCGCGCAUUGGUGCGGCGAAGUGGCUUGAAGAUCUUACAAAACCUCACCGUCAUGGUCCCCUCACUCGUGAAGCGUACGAUAAACGCCAUAACUGAACGUUGCCGGGACUCCACGUUGAUGGUACGCCAGUUCGCGGUGCACGUUUUGUCCGAGAUCCUGGGACACUUCCCGCACGACCCGAACCUCUUGCACGAGUGGGUGCAGGCAGUGAUGCCGCAAAUCUACGAUGUCGAGAGCAAGGUGCAGGAGAAAGUGUUGGAAUGCCUGCAGGACAUAUUGAUCAACAGGAUAACUUGCGCCUCGACAUACAAACCGAACGAUGCGAAUAGCUUGCCAUGGAGGAUACUGGAUAAAUUGAGCAAUAUGAGGAUGAGGAAGCAUCUGUCAAAGGCUUGCAGUCUGUGGGUGAAGAACGGCAUUGUCACGAAGUCCGUAAUCUUGAAUCUGCAGUCACACCUCGGCACCAACAACACCAUAGGCGCAUGGAUACUGUUGGCCGCUUUGGCUGAGAACAUGAAAAUCCCGAGGAUGGAGCUAUACAUCGCCGACUACAAGGACGUCAUCUGCAAGAACGAUUUCCAUGCAAGUUUGGUCCUCCACGUUAUACGGCACGCCUAUUCCUGCUUGGAUCGAGAUAACCUCGAGGAACUUCAUCAGUAUCUCUACAAGCGCAUCUGCCACUUCGAGAUCAAGUUCAACUUGAUCAGCGUAUGCCUGGACAUUGUCAGCAAUGUGCUACAAUACUUAUACCAUAGCAAAAGCUGCGUAGAGACGUACAUGGCAGAGCUGAUAAAGCUGUCAGAAACGGAGCUGCAGGACAUACUCAAGGACGACGAAGGUGACACGCAAGAUACGCUCAAGAUGAGAGCCAUCUUCACGCUAGGCCAUGCGUCGCUCCUGUGCACCGAUAGAAUUUCAUCAUCGUCGCUGCGGAUUCUACAAAAACUUUUAUUAGAUCCGAAGUCGUUGCCGCAAGCCGUGAGAGAGACGAAGGGUUUAAAGACGUCCGCGGUGGUGUUGCUCUGUCAACAGGCGCUUAGAGAUCGCGAUAUCGCGAAGAAGGUCACGCCAAUAUUCGGCACAUUGAUGCGCCAAGAGACGGACUCACCGGAGGGAAUCGCCGUGAAGGUAAACGCUGCGAAAGCGUUGGCCGACAUCUGCGUGAGAUUCACCGCUCUGGUAGAGCCGUAUCUGCUGGACAUGUGCAUCAGCACGAAGGACCCGAAUCCCGCCGUGCGAGAGGCUAUAGUGGUGAUAUUCAUUCAACUGCUGCUCGAGGAUUUCAUCAAGAUGAAGGGGCCGUUUUUCUUUCACAUACUGACCAUGCUAUCAGAUCCGGACAGCAUGAUACGCGAACUCACGAUCUUCUUGGUGGAAGAGAGACUCUUACGGAAGAACAAGACGCUGAUCUCGCAACAGUUCCUCGAGAGUAUAUACUACUAUAACAAUUACCAUAGUCAAAGUACGCUCUGCGGCUAUAGAAUGCGCGACAGAGAGAAGAAGCUAUUGAUGUUACCUGGAAAAGCGAACGAAGAGAAGCGCAAUAUUAUCUACGAGUUUAUGCUGGAUCACUUGGAUUCGCCCGCCAAGUUCAAGCUGACCGUCAAACUGACCAAGUACAUACUUUGCGAGAUAUGCGACGGCAAAUCCAUUGACGUUGAAAAAGAGGAAGGAGCGUGCGUCUUGCAAGACACACUAUUCAUUAUGGGUAAUAAUCGUCUUGAGCUGAAGAAGCACACGGAUGAUCCGUCAGAACUUGAUGAAACCACGAAUCCCUUCGAACAGAGCACUUCCACUACCACGAACAGCAGCAACGCCAUGGCUAUCAUUUUGGCAGAAUUGAAGAAGCAUCACUUGGACAGUUUGUUGCCCACGUUGAUCAGAUUGAAGGAAAAAUUUAACACAUCGAAGUCACCUUUGAAAAACAAUGUGGAGAGACUGUUACACAAGGUCUAUUCGAAUUACAACAAGGAGCAUCUAAUCAGCUUGCUGAACGAAUAUCCUGAGUUAGAAAAAGAUAUGGAUCGUUAUCACCGAAAACUGAAGGAUAAAAUUACUUCCGAGAACGAUGAUGAUGACGGUUCGUCGCGUAAGGCACACACAAUAAACCACAAGGAUUCGGACGUAUGCAAACGAACACCAGUACCCUCAACUUCAUGGACACCAGACAAUACAUAUGAUAAAUUAAGUCCUAGUAGCCGCUCACAAGACCCAUCAUCUUGUGAUAAGUUAUUUAGUAACGUGUCGGUACGUCUGGAGAAGUUGUCACUAACAAAAUUGUCCUCAGAGUCGACCGUUAGUAUCAGCACACCACCAAGAUUGGCUCAAAAUUUAAGUCCUAGCACUAGCUAUUCUUCCACUUGCGUUCUGCAAAUCAAAAGACCGUCGAGCGAGCUAGGAAUGCCGUUGUUCAGUUCUCCGCGUAAAACUUCAAGGAGGAGCGUGAGCAGGUGGUAGUUGCGAUUCGCGUUAAGGACGUUCAUUUUUGCUUGCUGCAUAUCCUUCUAUGAGUUCUCUACGUACAAAAUUGCCUACCUCGUAACUUUCGUUGAACGCGAAAGGCCGUCUGCGAGAUCGUGCACGUGCGAGCUUCCAGUUCCUUUUGUAUAUCUGCGAAUAUGUAACAAACGCACACACACAUACACGUUAGUUAAAUACAUGCCGCAAUUCGCAGCCGAGUCGUUGCCGCUUACCUUUGUUCGUGUGCGACAGAAUAUUGUUUUGCAAGUCCUUUAUGAUCGAAGUAUUUUCAACUAUAAGGUGGAUCAGUGCACGGAUUUCCUCUGCCUGUAUCAACACGACGUGUUAUCUCUUUAUUAAACAUGCCAAACCACCACCACCACUGUAAUUCGUUUGUGUUGCUGUUUCGCAUUAAAGCGCUCUUUGCGAUACGUACUUCGUCCAACAAUUCCUUGAGUUUUUUAUUUUGGGCUAUUUGAAUGUGCACGUCUUGCAAGAAUCCUCUGCCAAAGGUGCUGCUGUUACUUCGGCUCUAGAACAAUUAAAGUACAAAUAUGACGCAUUAAUCAUUCUAUUUUAAUUCAUUAAUUUAUGCGCACUAGUAAUAACGUUCAUCAGGAGAAGGAACUUCACUUAGACUUUCGUGCAAUCAAUGGAUAUGUCAGUUGCGCGCCGGCAGUCAACGUGUCAAAAGGAGAAUACAUCUCCUGCAUUAAAACUAGUUCUGCACGCACAUGACUCACGUGCAAUUAUCGGUUAAGGCAAAGUGCACAGAUCGAUCGUGGAGUUCUUUCUCUUCGUUGGCGAUAUAUAUCUCUAGUACGACUAUAAAGAAAAAAGAAAGAUAAAAUACUAACAGCACGUAAAUCGGGCAUACGAUCGCGAACCAUAGCGAGUGGAUUCACAGUCGCGUAACUGGUUGCUUUCGUAAAAUAAAAGCACGCGGUAUGUCCGUUAUCUUUUUCUUAUCAGCCUAUUGGAGAUAUCUCAGAUAAAAUCCGCCGCGUCGUUCACACUUCGUAGCUCGCAGCCGAUGUGUCGUUGCUGAGUACAAAAGUCACGCUCCGUCAUCGAGCGCGUCCUCGAGCGCAGUGCGUGGCACGCGUCUGAAGUAAACUGUGCAACGCGCUGCAGAUGAAAGAUACUUUGCAUCUCAAAUGAAAUAGGAAAUGGGCACUUGGCGGCGGUGUCGCAAGGCCGGAGUUUAGAGCAAUUACAAGUGCGCAUUUCUUCGCCUAGUUUAUUAAUUUAGCCGUGCGAAAUAAUGCGUUAGAUCACUGCGAAAGUUCUUUGCUGCUCCUCGUUCGUUGAGGAAAAUCGAAAACAAAUUUAUAAUUAUAAUUCCUUCAUACAAUUUUCCUAAGUGGAAAGAAGUUUUUCAAUCGCUUCUCAAAGAAUUCGAGAAUCGAUGACGUCAAUUAAAGCAAAAAACAAUGAAACUUUCGCAUCGAUCCAAUAUUGGACUAUCUUAGUUUUAAGUUAGCUAGUUUAGUUGGAUUUAUUUGUGAAAAACUGCCAAUUAUCUUUGUCCUAAUUUCUGUCGAUAAGUUAUUUACAAAGUAUGCGUAAAAUGAUACAAUAAGAUAUGAAUAUCAUGCACCUGAUAUACCAUUGUCAUAUUAGGUUUCCUACAAUUCUGUUAUUUUAUUUGAUGCACACUUAAAUGACGCAUUAUAUUAUCUUAUUAUUAUAUACUUUUGUUAGAUCAACCGAAUAACAAAUAACUUGUUUUGUUUCAAUAAAUUAUGAUUAUUCUUAAUCAUAAAAUGAGAAAUAUGUUGUCCUAAUUAGCUGCAGUUAUAUUUUAUUAUCAAUUGGAAACCUGAAUAUAAUUCGCUAUCUGUAAUUGCAUCAAUUUUAAUAUAAUUACAGUAUCAGCUGGCGUGAUUAUAAUGACAAUUGUACAUUUUUAACGUAUUCUUUAUUAAUUUAUAGUACUAGUUGAAAAACGUAAUUUCUGUUUGUGGUAUACCGAAUACUAUUUAAACUAUUCUGUGAUAAUACACAAAGAGAAUGCAGCUCUAUAAAUUACAUAAAUGAUGUUAAAUAUAUAUCUAGUAUAUUUUUGUAAUACAUAUAUGUAUAUUAUAUAUAAAAAAAUGACAUUACUAUUUCUCUUUCAUGAAGGAAUAUAAUAAUAUAUCAAAAAGUUAUUUCAUAACGGAAUAUAUUUGCAACGUAUAACUGUAUAUAUUAUUAGCUUUGUCUUUUGCAUCAAAUUCUUUAUUAGUUUCUUCCGCGCAUUUUUAUUAACAAUAACAAUUAACUACACCUAAUGAACGAGUGCUUUAUAUUAGGAAGACGAGACAUGUACUUAUUACUUUGUUAGAAAGCUAAAAUUAUCAUAAAGUAUUUGAAUAUCGUAUUGAAGCUAAAUAUCGCUGUAAGUAAAAUAUCACCUGUAAAUAAUCUAUAACUUCGAAGAUUAUUUUCUGAUAUUAUUCAGACAGUAUGUAUACAUGCAAUAUUUUAUACGUCACACGAAUCGCUCAAUAAUUUUCGCAAAACAUUGUGCAUUGAAUUCUUUAUGUUAAAUAAAAUGUGUUGCGAUCAAACAAC